AAUUUGCUGAUUGCAGCAUAUUUACCAGACAUCAUUUGGCGACGACAAUCUAGCAGCUCAGUUGUCAUUUAAUAAUCGAAUGAAAGCUAUGUACCAACAUCUAUAUGUAUAAUGUGAUCAACUCAAUGUAUGACACUCUCUUGGAAACUUCAUAGCAAGCAAAAUUCCAUUGAAGCUUCAUUAUAAAACACCACGUCUAGAUAUUGUUGAAAAUGGCUGGAGAAACAUGCUUCACAAAGAAUCAACUGCAUUUUUUCCGUAUUUGUCACCUCGCAACAAACAUUUUACCUGCUCAACUUCGCAUUAUCUUUGUUGACCUGUGGAACAAAUAUUUCUCAAGCCAAAACGGGACUUGGUCAAAUACUUCAAUGAAUGGAGCUAUAUUUUUCUCAAAAGAAUCUGAACUAAACAAAAAACGAAACAGGAACAUGUUGAAUGAAAUGAAACAUGGGGACAUAGAAAAAUGGGACUGUACUAUGCUGUUUUAUGGUAUUCUUUACUCUUCUUCCAUUGGUCAGAACUUGUGUCCCUCCAUUCGUGGCUACGUCAAUCAUUUGCGGGAUUUUCGCAACAAAUCUUUUGCUCACGUUAGUAAAGGUGAACUGACAGCAUGCGACUUCCAAGCUGCUUUUAACCAACUGCUUCAAGCUCUUGUAAGCUUGCAAUGUGAUGUUUCUGCAGUGAAGGAAGUUCGAAAUUUGAAUUCUUUUUCAACGGAGGAAAUUUACGAAUUGAGAUCAAAGUUAAUGAUGGAGAAAGAAGCCCAAGCUAAAAUCGAUUUACGAAUUUCGGAUCUGGAGUCACGAGUUGUCGUUCUGGAAAAUUGUUGCUGUAAGUUUUCGAAUGAUGACGAUGAUGUAUACUCAAAUCUAAUUGUUGACGAACACACUGCUCAGAACAGCAAUGUCCGCUUCAAGAUUUUACCAGAUAAACCAAAGCAUAGAGUAGUCAAGCGCAAGCAAGUCGAUGAUACUGUAAACAGUUUGCAUGAACUAAGAACAUUGCAUGAUGGAAAAAUAACAGGUGCGUUUAUUGUUGGUCAUCCUCUGUCUGGUAAAACAGAAUGUGCUGCAAGUAUUGCAAAUAUCCUUGUGAAUAAAGGACUUGAAAAUGUUGCCAUAAUGAAUGCUGAAACAGAUGAAUGUUUCUUGCACUCACUGAAAGAAUUAACUAAAAAACUAAAUUGUCGCACAGCCAGUUUUCCAUCGCUUGAAAAAGCAACGGUUCGAUCGCAAAUUGAGCUUCUUUCAAUGCUAAUUAAAGAGAAACUCCUUGGUUUGUCUUCAACGUGGCUGAUCAUCUUGGAUGGUGUUUCAAUGGAGACAAAAGAUCUGUUAGACUAUCUUCCUCGUCCAGGAGAGCAAGGAUCUGGCCAGAUACUGGUAACAACAUACGACCAUUUUAUUGUGCCCAAAUGUCCUUACACUGUUUCAGUUACAAUGGAUCAACUGACCAUUGACGAAACAAAUAUCCUCAUGAAUUCACUUGUGGGCGAAACGGUGACAGAAUUGGCCGAGGUUAUCGGGGAAAUAUUAGAUUUCAAUGUGGCUUUUAUGGUGUCUGCCGUUAAAAAAGCGAACCAGAUAUCAAGAAGGCAGAAUUCAACGUUAGUUGAUGCUCUACAUCAAAUGAUAAAAAAUGUGAAAGAGUGUCAUAAAGAAGAAGAUUGGGCUUAUUUUAUUGCAGCCUUAGACGAAGUCGCGCAAGCAAGAAUUAAAACUGUUUUGAAGACCUUCAUUGCACGAAGUGGUCUUAUCAAAGAGUUUCUUCAAAUAUGCACCCUUGCCAGAGGAAAAAUCGUUUCCCUUUCUGCAGUGUCAAAUUUUCUUACAAGUUCUUUAAACUUUGAAAAAAGCGAUGUGGAGUGUGCAAUUAAAAACAUCUCCUUCGUUCAAAUUUUGGAUGGAAGAAACAUACGCAUUAAUCGGGUUUUUUAUCAGCUAUUACUUGAUUUGUUUACUCCUGAACUCGGCGAUGAAAAAAUGGUUUUCCGUUUGAUGAAACUUUGUCGGUUUUUUACUGCUAACUUGUGUGAUCCCGAAGUUGCUAACAUGUUUAAGGAAAUGUCCUUCAAUAUUAUGAAAUACGUUUCUUUUCUUGAUGUAUCAAAGUCUGAAGAACUUAAAAUAUUAUAUUACGAUCUAGGGAAAGCAUUUUUGUGUGUUUCAAUGGACUAUGCCUCGGCUCUGCGAUACCUGACAGCGGCGAUGUCGAUAUUUGAGAAAUCAAAUACAACAGAACAUCCAGGAUAUGCUCGACUUUUGAACAUUUUAGGAAAUGUGUUACGGCUCACAGGCAAAUUGGAAGCAGCCAAAAAAUAUUUGAGAAUGUCGUUAAAGCUUUUACAAAACAAUUCUGGUGGAGACGCAAGUGAAGAUUUUGCAAAUUGCGUAAGCAGUCUUGGCUUGGUAUUUUUAGCUCAAGGAAACAUGAAACAAGCAAGAGAAUUUCAUCACCGCGCUUUGUAUAUUCGUGAGCAGCUCCAUGGCAACGAACAUGUUACAACUGCAGCGAGCCUGAAUAACAUUGGUGGUGUUUAUCAUGAGUGUGGUGAUCUAGCAAAGGCAAAAAGUUACUACUGGAAAGCUUUGGAAAUUAAAGGUCGUAAUUACGGCUGGGAUUCUCCACACAUGGCGAACAGCUUCAACAACAUUGCUGAAAUAUCGCACGAACAAGGAGAAUUUCGUGACGCAAUUUUAAUUCACCAACGAGCGUUGAAGAUACGACAACGUCUUCACGGUGAUGAUCAUCCUGAUGUCUCCGACAGCAUGAAUAAUAUAGGUGUAGUAUAUCGAAAACUUGGAGAGUUGACGACAGCUAAAAAGUACCACAUGAAAGCUCUUGAUAUACGGAAAAAGGUGUAUGGUGAAAAACAUUUGGAGGUAGCUUCCUCGUUAUGCAGUCUUGGUGAAAUCAGCUAUAAUGAAGGAGAUCUGGCAGCAGCGGAAGAAUUUCAUAUCGAAGCUUUAUCUAUCCGAGAUCAUCACUCUGUUACGUCAUGGCAUCCUGACGUCAUCAAAAGUCUGCACAAUCUUAUGUUGGUAUACACUGCUGAUGAAAAAUUUUCAUUAGCAACAGCAUAUGCUUAUGAGAUGUUUAAGCUCUGUGAGAAAGUUCACGGAUGUCGAGAUAGGAAGACAGUCGAGGCUUACCGAAAGCUGACAAACCUAUCGCAGCGUUCAUGUCAAGGGCGUAGUCAUUAUUUGUAUUCUACAGUUUACGAAAAGAUUGAAAGAUUGUCUUGUCUAUAGAGCCUCAGACAUCAACAAAUAAUAACAGAUUAAAGAAAAUGCUUUGAUCUAACUGUUCAGUUUAGUAAUAUUCCUUUUGUUGAGUUUAUUUGUAAAAUUAGUAAAAAAAUAAUAAAUAAUUGCUUAAGAGUUGUUUUGAUAGAUGGCAAGUAAGAAAAGAUGCUUAUUGUAUUAUGAGAGUUCAGCCUUGCUCAAUAAAUCGGAAUACUCAUUUAAAAA